UAAAGAAAUCAUACAGCCAGGUAUAGGGGGGAAGAUAUGAAUUCCUAUUUCACAAACCCGUCGCUGUCUUGCCACCUCACCAGUGGUCAAGAGGUGCUGCCCAAUGUGGCUCUCAAUUCCACUGCCUAUGACCCUGUAAGGCAUUUUUCAACUUAUGGAGCCGCGGUUGCUCAAAACAGGAUCUAUUCAUCUCCUUUUUAUUCACCGCAAGAUAACGUUGUCUUUAGCUCCAGUCGAGGACCCUAUGAUUACGGAUCUAAUGCCUUUUAUCAAGAAAAAGACAUGCUUUCUAGCUGCAGGCAAAAUUCUAUGGGACACAAUACACAAACUUCCAUUGCACAGGAUUUUACAGGGGAUCAAAACAGGAGCACAUCCCAGGAACAGAAAACUAGCAUUCAGAUAUACCCGUGGAUGCAGCGCAUGAACUCCCACAGUGGGGUCGGCUACGGAGCAGACCGGAGGAGGGGGCGUCAGAUCUACUCCCGGUACCAGACCCUGGAGCUGGAGAAGGAGUUCCACUUCAAUCGCUACUUGACGCGGCGGAGGCGGAUCGAGAUCGCCAACGCGCUUUGCCUAACUGAACGCCAGAUCAAGAUCUGGUUCCAAAACAGGAGAAUGAAGUGGAAAAAAGAGAGCAACUUGAGUUCCACCCUGUCUGGGGGAGGCGGCGCCGGAACGGCCGCGGAUAGCUUGGGGGCCAAGGAAGAGAAGCGGGAAGAAACAGAGGAAGAGAAGCCAAAGGAAUGAGCCGUGGACGGCGCGGCCACCCUUCGCCCCCCCUCCCCUCCCCUCCAACACACACGGUCCCCCUUUCUCCCACCGCCCUCAGCCCCACGUCGCGGGUCUCCUUCCGUGCCAUCCCUCUGUUCCCACUGCCACCCGUGUAUGCGUGGGGCGGACGCUGAGAGCGUGAAAGAGAGAGCGAGAGACAAGCGUGGGCGCGAGGAGAGCUCCCUUGCCCUCUC